GUUGAGUUUCGACGAGCUCUGAUUCGUUUUCUGAAAAAACCAGUCACCAUCCAAGUUCAAGGAUCCGCUAGCGUAUUGACCUUAUUUUUGGACUAGCAAGCAUCUGAAAAGGAAUGGGAUUUUAUCUGCGAGUCUUAGUGGCUGUUGUUUUGAUUGGAUGUCACUGUCAUGCGCAGCGGCCGCCUGGCAUCGGAAGCAUUUUUGACCUUGUCCGACCCACUAACUCAGCCUGCACAGGUGAUUCAGGAGAUAAGGGUAGUUGUCUUACCAGUCGAGACUGUGCUGAAAGAGGAGGUCAUAGCAUUGGAGUGUGCGCUAACGGACUUGCUCAAUGUUGUUAUUUCAAAUUCACUUGCGGUGGUGUUACAAGCAGGAAUGAGACUGUCUUCGUGAAUCCAAGUUACCCCCAGGGAGAAAAUGGUACCGACACAUGUCAGGUAACUGUCGAAAAACAGCCGAACGUGUGUCAACUCAGACUCGAUUUCGAAGAGUUUAGCCUUGCCCAGCCCGACAUCUUGGGUCUUUGCACUAAGGAUUCAUUCAUGGUCAGAACCACUGUAGGAGAAAGACUGCCAAUUCUUUGUGGAGAAAAUCGUGGGCAACACCUGUAUAUUGACAUGGGACGUGGUUCAGGAAAUCCCGUCGUCUUGAGUGUCGUAAGUAAUGGUGACAGAAUGACUCGCAAAUGGAAAAUUAAGAUUUCUAUGGUUGAAUGCAACAGCAUGGAUAUGGCUCCUCCUGGAUGUUUGCAGUAUUAUCGUAGUCCCAGCGAGACGGUGCGAAGUUUCAAUUUCGGAAGUCCAAUCGAAAGCCGAGUUCGCUAUUUGAGCAAUCUCCGGUAUACCGUUUGCUUAAGAGUGGAGGAAAAUUUCUGCUCCAUCAAAUGGGAAACUGAAAAGGCCGACUCUUUCAGCUGGGGUCUUCCAUCCGACGCCGGAGCCUCCGGCAGCGCCUGCAAUGAUGACGAUUUCGUCACAAUUGACCAAGGUUCUCUGGACGGAUACGGCGCGGGAGAAGAUAGAUUCUGUGGAACAAGUUUGUUGGACAGAAAUACUGUGAUAUCUCGCAGCAAACCGUUUUUAUUAAAAGUUCGCAGUAACAGCAACGCCAGAGAAAAUGCCGAAGCUUCUCAAAGUGGUUUCUCAUUACGAUACAUACAGCUGCCUUGCAUGAUAUGAGCUGGACUCAUACAAUAAAAGCUGUGUAUACAAAAGAGAAAAAGGAAAUACUUCUUCAUGCACAUGAAAAUAGAAAAAAAAAUUGUGUUCUUGUAGAAUGUCAUUUCUGUAAAUGUGUUAUUUAUUUAUUUAUCUCAUUUCUAUGAGCUCUUGCAUCCUCCAUGCCGCUGUAUUCGAGACAAUAUAAAUUAUUGAAUAAAAUUAUUUUAUUCCAAAA